AUGAUGACGAGUUGCUUGGCAGAAAAGGCGCACAAGCGCGAGGAGCGCGUUGGGAUGCGUUUCUUCCUUAUGGAUGCCUUUCUCGCGAAGAAUGGCACGAACGUGUCGUUUAAGCGACCGCUGGUGUCUCUGAAAACCUUGUAUUCGGAUUUUGUGGUGCGUGAGCUAUCUCCGUUGUACAACAAUGGCGAGCCACUGGUCCUGGAGUCCGUGCCUGUGCCAGAGCGAUUGGGCGCCAAAGCGAAGGCUGUGAAGCGGUCACGACGAGGCGCCGAACAAGCGGGAGAAGAAGCAGAAACAAAAAAUGAAGAAGGUGAGAAUGAGGGAGAGGCGACGGCUACCACGUUGGAUGUCCAACAAACCUCUCUGCUAGAGCGAGUGCAGGCGCGAUUUGCCUCGCUGCUAAGCCAGGAAGAUUUGGCGUCGUUGCUGGACGCGUUGCGCACGGGUACUGACCGGAUGACCGUUCGGGCCUCUCUGACGAAGGCCCAGCGCACUGAGCUGCAUGCAGCGGUAAAGGAAGUACUUGGGGCGACGCACAUCAGCCGCACUCUGGACGGGGCGCUUGUGAUUGAAAAUUCAACGCCAGCGACAAGACGGGAGGAAAUGCGCCGGUCGAAUCCAAUCCGCCUACAAAAUUUUUUGCACUUUACGUUAUACAAGGAAAACAUGGACAGCAAUAGUGCUUUGCGGGCGAUUGCUACCCAGCUUGGGAUGCCGUUGCGACAACUCCUUUUUAGUGGUACAAAAGAUAAGAGAGCGGUGACCCUCCAGCGUGUUGCCGUUCGAGGUCUGUCACGCGAACGGCUAGCUGAGAUCAAUGCUCGGUCAUUUGGACCGGAAUGCAAAGUGAAAGUGUGUGGCUUCCAGGAAGCAGAAACUGGACUGCGCCUCGGCGACACGAUGGGAAACCAUUUUCUCAUUGCCCUCCGACUUUUACCGGACAGUCCGCAGCUUACACCUGACACGUUGAAGGUCGUUCAAGAGGCGGUCGGCUCUAUUGGGGCGGUGAACUACUACGGUCCGCAGCGCUUUGGCACGACGGAGGUGUUAACAAGUGAUGUUGGUAUUAAGUUACUUUCUGGGGAGUUUGAGCAGGCCCUGCGGAUGUUAUUCCACUCGAAAGCAAUUGUUGAACCCAAUAUCCUUCCCUCGAAGGAGGCGGUGGAGCGACGUGACUUUGCGGAGGCACUACAACUCCUUCCACGUUACUGUUUUCAAGAGCGUGACAUUCUGAAGCAUUUGGUACGCUGCCCCAACGAUUUUUUGGGUGCGUUCCACAGGAUUCCGCGCACUUUGGGGAUGUUGUACUGCCAUGCAGUACAAAGUUUGAUUUGGAAUCUUAUGGCGACUGAGAGACUAAAACUGGGUUUGGAGCCUCUCCCCGGUGACCUACUUCCGAAGUCCCGCUAUACCCGCAUACAGAAGCAUGGGAGUCGACCUAAUGACACGGACACUGAGAAUGAUUUAAGGGUUCUACUAAAGGAGGAAGGCUUACCGGAGGUGGUGCGGCUCACAGCGGAAGACGCAGGCACUGGUCUUUUUCGUUUGUGUGAUGUUCUGCUUACUGUUCCAGGCCCUGACGAAGAACUGCAGUAUCCGGAUGUCGCAGGCUGCACGCGUGAGGCGUACGUUGCGACGCUGACGUUGAUGGGGGCGGAGAUGCUUUUGAAUACCGAGAAUCCCUUGGUGAAGGUUUACCAUUAUCAUGGGGCGUAUCGGCCGCUGGUGGUACAGCCGAAACGACUAAAACUACGGCUUAUGGACGCAAAGGGACCACGUGCGCCACUCCUUCCCACAGACUUGGAAAGGCUAUCAGCGUCGAGUGUCCCCAAUGGCGUGGGGAAUCAUGAGACUGAGCACGACGAUUGCGCAACGACCCCGGUGAGCAAAGCAAUCGUGGCGGAAUUUUCGCUUCCUCCAGGCUCGUACGCCACCUCUGUGUUGAGGGAGUUUAGUAUUUCUUGCUCAGAGGGUUACCACACCCCAGUGGCUACAGAGGCCGAUGACAGUAACACUCUCAAUGGAGGCGUGGAUGCCGCGGCGUCAUAA